AUGGCUCGUAGAGGUCCACCAAUGACUAUUCCUGGUUUUAAAUCACCAUUUGAAGAAUUUUCAGAAAUUGUUGAUCCUUCCGGUAAACUUAGCUUUAGUGGGAAGGCAAUUCUACACGCACAAGGAGUAGAUUUCACAGAAGGCACCAGUUACAAGAUUAAUAAGGAGGAAUUUGAGUUGAUGGAGGAACUUGGGAGAGGUCAAUAUGGAACUGUAAAGAAAGUUUUCCAUAAACCUACAAAUGUUGUCAUGGCGAUGAAGAUGGUAGAAGGCCUUAGAUUUUUAAAAGAUCAUUUAAAUAUUAUCCAUCGUGAUGUGAAGCCUACAAAUGUUCUUAUAAAUAGAAAAGGUGCAGUUAAAUUAUGUGAUUUUGGUGUUUCCGGUCAAUUAAAUAUGUCAUGUGCGAAAACCAAUAUUGGAUGUCAGAGUUAUAUGGCCGUACGUGAUCGUACUAAUUUUUAUACGGUACAAUCUGAUGUAUGGUCACUUGGACUUUCGAUGCUCGAACUUGCUACUGGAAAAUAUCCAUAUCCUAGCCCAGAUACAAGUGUUGGUAUUAGUUUAUUUGCUCAACUGAAUGCUAUUAUUCAGGGUCCUCCACCCACUCUAUCUGAAGAUAAUUUUUCUGAAGAAUGCAAAGAAUUCGGCACCUUUAGGAGUAGAACAUCUGAUCUGAAAAAGUUACCUGAUGAACGUCCAACAUAUGCACAAUUAUUGGAACAUCCAUUUUUGAAAAAAUAUGAAAAUACAGACGUUGAUAUGAUAUCAUGGGUAGAAAAAGCAUAUUUAUCAAGGAAAGAUUUGGAGAACAACUUAUAG